AUGGCACACAAUUACUUAGCGAGGUACCAAAUAAUUUAUCCAGAUUACCCGGACUCAGUAACGGGAUCUAUGUAUCUAUCAAAUGGAAAUGGCAAUGGUGACGGUGAUAAAAACGGGAAUGGGGAUAAUGUCGGGAAACAAUCGGAAUAUGAGAACAAAACGGCUGAAGAACCGGAGAAGAAGCGGUGGACUGGUAUACCUGAUCCGCCGGAGACGACAAGUCGUAUUCCGACUUACGACGAGUUCGCCCGGCAAAGGGACUCCAGUAGACCACCAGACAGUCAUUAUUACACCCCGGGACCUUACAAACGGUCAACGGGUAAAAGGAAUACCUGUGAUACUAUAUUAAUUUAUAUAGGCUUGUGUAUAUUGUCAGCAUGUUUUAACAUAAUGUAG